AUGCCGGUCCACUACCCGGGUGCAGCUGACAGCGAAGAGUUAAAGGCAAGAGCGGACCCUUCAGGCAGCGGAACCCGCUUGAAGGAGUUCGUCUUUGAGAAGAAGGGGUUUUUUUCGACGUACAGGAUCCUUGCAGGUUUUCUGAAGCUGGCCGUGUACAUAACUAUGCUCACCAUUUCCAUCACGUACUGCUAUGACAUACUGGAAGACCUGCACAAAAACAACAUUGUUUGCUUCUGGAACAUUCUCUGCUUGUUCGCCUCUGUUUUCUUCACUGUUCUGAUGUGGGACGACUACAUCGACAGAAAAAACACAAAAACAAAAUCGGUCGAGCAGAAUGUAAUUUCUGUUCUGCUCUUUUUGCUUCUGGUGAUUCCUGGGACGGCGCUGGGAAACCCCUGGAUGUCCUUUGCAAUAACAAACACUCUCACGCCCCCGCUUGAGUAUCCGCUUGUUGCUCUCUGCCACUUGGCCAUGUACUGUCUGAGCGAGGCGUGCCCAGGGAGUUUGCUGAGCACGAUUGUCUCGGUUGCUCCCGGAGUGAUUGCGCUGUGCUCGCUCCUGGAGUAUGAAAUACACUUUUUCUACAAGAAGGCGCUGGUUCCUUCCAAGUACAAGGUCACAGCCACGGGCAUCCUUACAGGCGCACUUUGUGUGCUUUCUCUGGCUGCGUACCAGUUCAACCUGCUUGGCCUGGCACAGCCCGCGGGCGUGCGCGUAAAUGCAUAG